UACUCACUCUUCACUUUAUUUCUUUAGUCUGAAGGUGUUUUGACCAAACUGAAUGAAAAUCUACAAUUCAGUCCUUAUAAGAAAGGUGGUGAACAAGUGGAGGUUAUCAGGAGCCUUAUACUGAGGGACCAGGCACCUAACACACCUGCGAGCACAUAUGUAUCAGCGAUAGGAGAUAUAAUUAGUAUAACAAUAGAGGCGGCUAUUAGUGGUCAUGCCAUGGGGUCCCUGGUUGUCCAGCCUGGUGGCUGCGGGGAGCAGAACAUGAUUGGCCUAACGAUGCCUGUCAUUGCAACGCAUUACUUGGAUAAAACGAAUCAGUGGCACACUGUGAACGCCGGACUUAGGCAGACAGCUGUUUACUAUAUCACCAAAGGUUACAAUCAACAGCUGGCGUAUCGUAAAUCUGACGGGUCCUAUGGCGCAUGGAUUAAUUGGCCAAGCAGCACCUGGCUGACAGCAUAUGUUGCGAAAGUAUUUGCCAUGGCCAGUAACAUCAUAAACCUAGACCAGAAUGUGAUCUGCUCAGCUCUCAGGUGGCUCAUAUUGAACAAGCAGUUACCUGAUGGUGCUUUCAAAGAAGAUGCUCCUGUAAUUCACGGAGAGAUGACUGGGAACGUACGUGGGACAGACACAGAAGCAUCCAUGACGGCAUUUGUGCUCAUCGCCCUUCAGGAGGGGAGAAACCUUUGUGCUGGCCAAAUCUCAAGUCUGGACGGUAGCAUAUCUAAAGCCGUUGCAUACCUUAGAUCUCGGAUAUAUGGUUUGACGAAUCCAUACUCAGUGGCUAUGACAUCUUAUGCUCUAGCCAAUGGAAACGCACUUGACAAACAAGCCCUGUUGAGAAAAGCCUCUGCAGAUGGAAGUUACUGGCCCGUCCCUGGAAGCAGUAGCUUUACUUUGGAGGCUUCGGCCUAUGCGCUCCUGGCUCUUGUAAAAGCUGAAGACUUUCAGAGGGCAGCUCCCAUUGUAAACUGGCUCAACAGCCAGAGGCAGUACAAUGGAGGAUAUGGCACGACUCAGGCCACCAUUAUGGUGUUCCAGGCUGUUGCUGAAUACAGGAUUAAAGUGAAAGACAUAAAGCAGUUAGAACUGGAGAUGACGAUCCAAGUGGAAGGCAGCCGGCAGCCGAUUGUGUUGAAGUUCAGCAAAGAAGAUGCUCAUCUCGCACAAACAGCAAAGCUUCCAUCUAACAGACAGAUCACCAUCAGUGCCAAGGGUUAUGGAGAGGCCUCUGUAACUGUUGUGACUGAGUACUAUGCAACACCAAAAGAGAGUAGUGGCACCUGCAAGAACUUUGAGCUUGAUUUGACUUUUGAAAAGGAUGAUCAAGUGAGAUAUCAAGGAGCAACUGAGAGUUACAAACUCACUAUCACCACCAGGUAUCUGUCUGCUGACAGGGAUGCCACCAUGUCUAUACUGGACAUAUCAUUACUGACAGGAUUUGUUGUGGAUGAGAAUGAUCUGAAGGCGCUGUCAACUGGACGCGACAGGCUGGUUCAGAAAUUUGAGAUGAACAAGCAGCUUUCAGAGCGAGGAUCCCUCAUCAUCUACCUGGACAAGAUUUCUCAUAAAAGGAAAGAUUGGAUCACCUUCAGGCUGCACAGGAUUAUGAAUGGAGGCUAUAUUCAACCAGCAGCAGUCACUGUAUAUGAAUACUACUCUAUAGAAAAUCGCUGUGUGAAGUUUUAUCAUCCGACCAGAAAGGAAGGAGCUCUUCAAAAAAUCUGUAAGCAAGAUGUCUGUCAGUGUGCCGAAGAAAACUGCAGUCUUCAACGAAAGGAGAAAAUUCAGGAGGCUCAGCGUAAUAAGAAAGCAUGUGAACCAAAAAUAAAUUACGUUUAUAAGGCUGUUCUGCUGAGGGAAGAUGACGACGCUUCAACGGUUUAUUACAAUAUGAGGAUUGAAAGUGCCCUCAAAUCAGAGACGGAAAACAGCGUGGUGGGGAAGCAGCGCGUUUUCACCAUACAGAUCUCUUGCAAAGAAGCUUUGGAUCUGAAGCGGGGUGAGAGCUAUCUGAUCAUGGGCCAGUCUGAUGAUGUCCAACUGGAAGGUGGAAAAAUUCAGUACGCUCUGGGUGAGAGGACGUGGGUGGAGUUUUGGCCCAGCUUGGAGCAGAGCAAGAUAAGUGCUGAGCUCAAACAAAAAUACGAGGGCAUGUUGAGUCUCCAGCAGGAUCUGCGCUUCGGCUGCGGCUAAUCAGUCAAAACGGCCCUAAUGCCAGACUAAUGCUUUUGAUAACAAAAUAAUAAAUAUUACAAAACUCAUGAUAGCUUAAUUUUCAACUUUCAAUGUAUGUUAAACAUGAGUUUAUUUUGACUGUUGCUUUUUUUAGUAAUUAUCCUGUUACUCAGCCAAUUAAAUAAUGUAUACCAGCUUGACUUACAGAGCCAUUCUUAAGGCAGUGUUGUAACGCAUAUAUGCUUGAGCAAAUUUGCAUAAUAAAAGAAGUCUAUCA